CUACAAGCUUGCCUGCGACCGGCGGGUUAUCAUCCAGCUGCGUGAGUGUACUCGGGGGAACAGCGCCACGCAGCUGUACAAAAAACUCUGUGAGGCACACACAGAGGCCUGGAUGCGGUGGUCCAUACACUACCUCAGCGUCAUGGAGCCCUUCACGUCGCGGGGUGUCGUGCGCAUGUGCACCCCACCACCAAAACCGCCACCCGUGCCCCAGUACGCGUGGCUGUUAAUGGUGUACUGCCACGACAUCCUCUCCCGCCUGGAGGACGUGAAGGCCCGGGUCACCUCCGUCUUCGGAACGGUCCUGAAGAUGGAUUCGACCAAGAAGGUGACCCGGAAGCUCGCCGGUGCUGCCGCCCAGACCGCAGCGUGGGCAAAGAACGUCGGCAACGAGCACGGACAGGUGCUCAUGUCCGUGCUCACGGACGCCGAGGGUGCCGGCCUGUUGUCCAUGGCUGCGGGGUUAAUGCGGCGGUAUCGGGACGCUGGGGUGGAGCCGCCUCAGCUCCUCUACGUUGACCGGGACUGUUGUUCGUCCCAUGGGGGAUCCAAGACAGCUGACAUGUUCAGGAAGUGGGACAAGCUGGUGGUCCGGCUGGACAUCUGGCACCUGAUGCGGCGGUUCGCGUCAGGUGUCACCACCGAGAGCCACCAGCUGUAUAAACCCUUCCUGCAGCAGCUGUCUUCGUGCAUCUUCCUGUGGGACCCAGAGGACGCAGCCCGGUUGCUCAACGCAAAGAAGAGGAUGCUUGAGGCGCAGGGGAUGACCUUCUCGUCCGACGCCGGAGUGUGGAGGCACGUCAGCCGCAAGAAUAUGGCUCUCCAUUGCCGUCGCCGCACGCGUGGAGCGGCGGAGACGGAGCGGCUGAUCGUUGACCUCCUGGAAACCUUCGGCGGUGCCAACGGACGAGACACCAUGGGGAUUUCCCUGCUGGACCAAGACCGCAUCCAGAAGAUCUGGACGGAGCAGCGGCGCCACCUCCAUUGCAUCCAGGACCCGCCGGGCGUGGAGCUGUACACUGAGACCGGCAGGGUGACCAAGGGGGGGAUCAGCCUGCCGGUGUACCGUUGUGCACGAGGCUCCACGUCCCUGGAGUCGUUCCACCUGCAUCUCAACCGCUUCAUUCCAGGAGAAAGUGCCAAUCCCUGGCACUUCCAGGCAUUUCUCCUGGAGGGGUUGACGCGGUGGAACGCGGACAGGGCGGCGUCCGUGGCACAGGAGGGAUGCUCCGCUCCUACAAUGGCCCCCUGCAGCACUCCCUUGACCAGCUCAGCCAAAGGGUGCUUGGCAUGA